CCGGAGCACCCAUAUAUGCAUAAAUACUACAACCAUGUUAUCAAAUUGUCGAUACAUCUUUUUCGUCCUUGUUUGUGUAUCCAAAAUGUCGGACAGUCAAGUUUAUUACGAUGGUAAAAGCGGAAGACCUGGAAGACCAGGAAGACCUGGGCGCCCAGGUAGAGGCGGGGGAGAACGAGGAGGAGGACGAGGGGGAGGAAGAGGAGGUGGGGGCGGUGGAGGAGGAGGAGGAGGAGGAGGUGGCGGUGGUGGCGGACUUGAUGGAGAACCGGGAAGACCAGGUGGAUACAGUUGGAGCUAUUCUGACGGUGGAAAUGGUGGUGGAGGAGGAGGUUGGUAUGAUGGAGGAGGCAGAGGAGGAAACGGUGGGGGUGGUGGGUGGUUUGGCGGCGGAGGUGGAGAUGGAGGACUCGGAGGAAGGAACGGAGGUGGAGGCGGUUGGUACAGCGGCGGUGGAGGCACAGGAGGAAGAGGUGGUGAUGGAGGUUGGUAUCAUGGCGGGGGAGGAGGCAAUGGAGGAUCCGGUGGUGGUUGGUAUGAAGGCGGAGCAGGAAGAGGUGGGGGUGGGGGUUUGGAUGGAAUGCCAGGUGAACCAGGUGGAGAUUAUUACUAUGAUACGUACGGUCCAGAUACAUAUUGGUAUGAUUAUGAUUAUGGUGGUCCAUUAGGAUCAUCUGGGAAACCUGGCAGACCUGGUAAGCCUGGUAAUCCAUCAGGAUCUGGUAACCCUGGUAAACCUGGUAGACCUGGGAAACCUGGUGGAUCUUCAAGAAGUAGACGCAAUAAAAAGAGGAAAUCUAGUAUUACCAGUUUCAAGUUAAAAUCUGGAACUGGAGCUGGAGGCGGAAGCGCUCACGGCGAUGGACAAGCGUUUGCAAUGGUUGAUGGAAAAGUCAUUGGAACACGAAAUGGUGAUGGAGUGUUUUUACUAGAAUCUAGUGGUAAUUCUGGUAACCCAGGGAAUCCUGGUGCACCUGCAGGAGGUCCGCCAAACCGAGGUGCUUCCGGUGGAAAAGCAAAGGAAAAUAGUCUACGAAAAUCAUCUGGCCAACAAGUUUCUACACGUCGUGGAAAGGCUGUUUAAAUUCCUUAGAAGAUAUAUGAUCUCAAGAAUAUGGAAACCUUUUUGUAUGUACUACAUCCUUUAAACUGGUAUUGACAAACUGACAAAUUCUAGCAUUGAAGAAUAUGUGUUAGUGUGCAUGAAGCUUUAACUUGUAAUCAUUUCGAUAUGAUAAAGGCGAUGUGUAGCUAAAUGAAUUUUUAUUAAAUUUUUAAUUUCUCGUA